CCUUUCUUCCCCAGCUGCGUUCUUUUUGAGCAGUCCCUUUCCUUUGGUUAAACCAAAUAUUAUUUUUUAAUACAUUUUGUGUCUCCUAGGGAGGUAAGGUGGGAGGAGAGAAAGAGAGAGGAGGAGUCAGCAAGAGAGGAAAGAGAUACAGAUCUUAAAAUGUAAAACGGAGCUUGCUGAACCAGUACUUAAUAUUUUUUUUUCAAAAACUACAGCACUCCUGUGCUGUUGGAACAAGCUUUUUUGUUUUCACACUCAAUGCUCAGCUGUGGGGCUGGGGAACAGAGAUGGAGAGAAUGGAUUUUGAAGGUAAGACACCCAAAAAGUACUGCAUGAAGAAAAAACAUGUGGCUAUCAUCUGUGGCGUGAUCAUUGCUGUGGGUCUCAUUCUGGGACUUGCACUGGGAUUAAGCAGACCAGACUGCCAUAUUUCAGAAGAUGGGCAGGUAACAACAGAAUCACCCACAAGGCCCACAACGGGAUCACCCACAAGGCCCACAACGAGAUCACCCACAAGCCCCACAACGAGAUCACCCACAAGCCCCACAACGGAAUCACUCACAAGCCCCCCAACAGAAGACACAGACCCUUGCCCUGCUCUGAAUGAUGACAGUGGAGCCUGGACAGAUUUCAGAUUACCCAUCUAUGUUAAGCCACUUCAUUAUGACUUGGAGCUGACACCGGAGAUGGAAGCAGAUCGUUACACUGGACAAGUCACUAUCCUUAUCAGGGUGGAAAACACGACUAGGCACCUGUGGCUUCACCUCCGAGAGACAAAGAUCACAGAAAUGCCCCUGCUGAAGACAUUAUCUGAUGAACCAAUCACUCUAAACCAAUGUUUUGAGUACAAACCACAGGAAUAUAUAGUGGUAGAAGCAGCACAAGAACUCACUUCUAAUAGCACUUAUCGCCUGACGAUGAAGUUCCAAGGCUAUUUAAAUGGUUCCCUGGUUGGAUUUUACAGAACAACAUACAUCGAGAAUGGAAUAACUAAGAGCAUAGCAGCUACUGAUCAUGAGCCCACGGAUGCACGGAAAUCAUUUCCUUGCUUUGAUGAACCUAACAAAAAGGCAACUUACAGCAUAUCCAUAGUCCAUGAAGAUACAUAUGAAGCUCUGUCAAACAUGCCAGUGAAGGAAACAAUACCAUUGGGUAAUGGUUUGACUCGGACAACAUUCCAAGACUCUGUUACAAUGAGCACUUACUUGGUGUGCUGGGCUGUGCACCAAUUUAACUACACAGAAAGAAUUUCAAAGAGAGGAAUUCCUCUCCGAGUUUAUGCACAACCACAGCAAAUACACACAGCAGAAUAUGCAGCAAAUGUGACUAAAAUUAUAUUUGACUUCUUUGAAGACUAUUUCAACAUGAACUAUUCUCUUCCCAAACUGGACAAAAUAGCCAUUCCUGAUUUUGGUACUGGGGCCAUGGAGAACUGGGGACUGAUCACUUACAGAGAAACAAAUCUACUUUAUGAUCCGGAAGAAUCUGCAGCUUCUAACAAGCAAAGAGUGGCUGCUGUGGUUGCCCAUGAACUGGUACAUCAGUGGUUUGGAAAUAUUGUGACCAUGGACUGGUGGGAUGACUUGUGGCUGAAUGAAGGGUUCGCCAGCUUCUUUGAGUUUAUAGGGGUAAAUGAGGCAGAAAGAGAUUGGCAAAUGCUGGACCAAAUUUUAAUUGAUGACCUGUUUCCAGUGCUGAAGGAAGACUCUUUGCUCUCUUCUCACCCUAUUGUAGUGAACGUGAAUUCUCCUGCUGAAAUAACCUCUGUGUUUGAUGGCAUAUCCUACAGCAAGGGAGCAUCAAUCCUCAGGAUGCUUCAAGACUGGAUCUCAUCAGAAAAAUUCAAGACUGGAUGUCAGAAAUACUUAACUGAGCACAAUUUCAAAAAUGCAAAAACAGACGAUUUCUGGAGAGCUAUGGAAGAGGCAAGUGGUGAGCAAGUGAAAGAAGUAAUGGACACCUGGACCCGGCAGAUGGGAUACCCUGUGCUGAAUGUGGAUUCUAACUCAACAAUCACGCAGAAACGUUUCCUCCUGGACCCUAAAGCAAAUGCUUCUCAUCCAUCUUCAAUAUUCAGUUACAUGUGGAAUAUUCCAGUGAAAUGGCAUGAGGAGAAUACGUCCAGUAUAGUGCUCUACAAAAUGUCAGAAUUAUCAGGAAUUACACUUACUCGUCCCAACUAUACUUCUCCUGAUCCUUUCUUGAAAGUAAAUCAGGAUCAUGUCGGCUUUUAUCGUGUCAACUAUGAAAAGGAAACCUGGGCUGACUUAGCCAAUAUUAUGAUGAAAAACCACCAGAAAUUUUCUUUGGCUGACCGUGCUGGCUUUUUAGAGGAUGCCUUUUCAUUGGCCAGGGCUGGACUACUAGAGUAUGGUUAUGCCCUAAACCUAACAAAAUACCUACAAGAUGAGAAAGACUACAUACCUUGGCACAGAGUCAUAGCAUCAGUAUCCUAUAUUGAAAGUAUGCUGAAAGAUGACCAUAUACUCUAUCCCAAGUUUCAGGCAUACUUCCGUAACCUACUCAAACCCAUUGUAACCCAACUGGGAUGGGACAACAAAGGAAACCAUAUUGACAGCCUUCUUCGUGUGACAGUUCUGGAUUUUGCAUGUAGCAUGGAUGAUCCAGAGGCUUUGAGUAACGCAUCUAGUUUAUUUACGGACUGGCAAAAGGGAAUAAGCCCAGAUGUAAAUCUCCGCCUCCUUGUCUACCGCUAUGGAAUGCAACACUCAGGCAAUGAGGAAGCUUGGAAUUACAUGUUUCAGAAGUACCAGAAUACAACAUUAGCUCAAGAAAAGGAGAAGCUGCUGUAUGGCCUGGCAUCUGUGCAAAAUGUCACCUUGCUAAACAGAUUUUUAAAGGUGAUCAAUGACACGAAUCUCAUUAAAAGUCAAGACGUGUUCACAGUCUUGAGGUACAUCUCCUACAAUAGCUAUGGCAAAACUAUGGCAUGGGACUGGGUACGGCUCAACUGGGAAUCUUUAGUCAGCAGAUACACUCUCAAUGACAGAAAUCUUGGUCGUCUCGUAUCCAGAAUAACUGAAUCUUUCAACACAGAGCUCCAGCUUUGGCAGAUGGAAUCUUUCUUUGAGAAAUAUCCUAAUGCUGGAGCUGGAACAGCAUCCAGAAAGCAGGCUCUGGAAACACUGAAGAGCAACAUUGAAUGGCUAAAGAAUUACAGAGAAGAGAUAGCUGCCUGGCUGACCAGUUAAGGGUGAACAUGCCUCACAUAAAGAUCCUCACAUUUACUGAUUUGACAUAAACUCUUCAAGAUCUUAUGUUCAAAGCACAACAAAUGGGAACUUUUUCCUUUUUUCUUGGGAGUCAUGAUACAGUGGCUGCCAUGCACAAAGAAUACAGUAGACACUCGGUUUGCAAAUGUUAAUUUAUUUAAAAGUCUUCUCCAGCUAGUUGGGUGACAACUCUAGAUCUUGAACACCUUGUUGCUGAUUGUUUUAGUGGGAUUACUUGCAUCUCUAAAAUGGUCAUAAUGUGUUUCUACUUUUAAAAUCAGGAUUCUCUGUGUGUAUUGACUUAUUUUUAUUUGCAUUUACCACACGCAAAUGUUGAAAUCAGUCCCCUUUAACUGUUUGAAACCCCUGCAUGUGUUCCAUAUACCCAGGGUGCCUUUCCAAUGUAACUUAGAAUCCAUUCCAGAGGAAGAAUUUUGCCUUUGAUUCCAUUAAAGAAAAUGUCGAAAUGU